CCGGUGCCCGACUCCCAUCAUGGCGGCGGGGGGAGGUGGCGGCCGGGGGGCCAGUGGCCCCAGAUGGGGCGGGGGCCGGGCCGGCGGGGGCGCGGCGCAGGAGAAACUGCCGGUGCAUGUGGAGGAUGCACUCUCCUACCUGGACCAGGUGAAGAUUCGCUUUGGCAGUGAUCCCGCCACCUAUAACGGCUUCCUGGAGAUCAUGAAGGAAUUCAAGAGCCAGAGCAUUGAUACUCCUGGUGUAAUCAGGCGGGUUUCUCAGCUGUUUCACGAACAUCCCGACCUCAUUGUAGGAUUCAAUGCUUUCCUCCCUUUGGGCUACAGAAUAGAGAUUCCAAAGAAUGGGAAGUUAAGUAUACAGUCGCCACUGGCUAGUCAGGUGUCAUCAGAGCCCGUUCCAAGUGCUCACCCGGGUGGUGGGUUAUUGUUACAUUAUUGUCAGGAGAAUUCUCACAACCACAGCGACUGCUCUGAGGAGUUCCGGCAGCAACUUCCAUACAAAGAAGAUAAAUCUCAAAUCUCCUUGGAAUCUGAUUCUGUAGAGUUCAAUAAUGCAAUAAGUUACGUGAAUAAGAUCAAAACCCGUUUUCUUGACCAUCCUGAAAUCUACAGAUCAUUCUUAGAAAUUCUUCACACUUACCAGAAAGAACAGCUGAACACUAAAGGCCGACCCUUUCGAGGCAUGUCAGAGGAAGAAGUGUUUACUGAAGUAGCAAAUCUCUUCAGGGGACAGGAGGAUCUACUCUCUGAGUUUGGACAGUUUCUCCCUGAGGCUAAAAGAUCUUUGUUCACAGGAAAUGGGCCAUGUGAAAUAAACAGGGUCCAGAAAACUGAUCAUGAAAAAAAUCUGGAACAUAGUAAAAAGCGAUCCAGACCACUACUGCUGCGUCCUGUUCCCAGCCCAGCAAAGAAGAAAAUGAAACUGCGAGGUACCAAAGAUCUGUCAGUUGCGACAGUGGGAAAAUAUGGAACGUUGCAGGAGUUUUCUUUCUUCGAUAAGGUGCGCAGGGUACUGAAGAGUCAGGAAGUGUAUGAGAACUUCCUCCGCUGUAUCGCACUCUUCAAUCAGGAGCUAGUGUCAGGCUCAGAGCUUCUCCAGCUAGUCACCCCAUUUUUAGGGAAAUUCCCAGAACUCUUUGCACAGUUCAAAUCCUUCCUUGGAGUGAAAGAGCUUUCAUUUGCUUCUCCGCUGAGUGACCGAUCUGGGGAUGGAAUGAGUCGGGAAAUUGAUUAUGCUUCCUGCAAACGCAUAGGGUCGAGUUACCGGGCUCUUCCAAAAACCUAUCAGCAGCCAAAAUGCAGCGGAAGAACAGCCAUUUGCAAGGAGGUAUUAAAUGACACUUGGGUCUCAUUUCCAUCCUGGUCUGAAGACUCUACAUUUGUCAGCUCAAAGAAGACGCCCUAUGAGGAACAGCUGCAUCGCUGUGAGGACGAACGGUUUGAGUUGGAUGUUGUCUUGGAAACCAAUCUGGCCACAAUACGCGUGUUGGAGAGUGUUCAGAAAAAGCUGUCUCGGAUGUCUCAAGAGGAUCAGGAGAAAUUCCGAUUGGAUGAUUGCUUGGGAGGAACGUCGGAAGUGAUCCAGCGCAGAGCCAUCUACCGUAUCUAUGGUGAUAAAGCGCCAGAAAUCAUUGAGAGUCUUAAGAAAAAUCCGGUUACUGCGGUCCCUGUAGUUUUAAAAAGGUUAAAAGCAAAAGAGGAGGAAUGGCGGGAAGCCCAGCAGGGCUUCAACAAGAUCUGGCGGGAGCAGUAUGAGAAGGCGUACUUAAAGUCCCUUGACCACCAGGCCGUCAACUUCAAACAAAAUGACACCAAAGCCCUGCGCUCCAAGAGUUUGCUGAAUGAGAUUGAGAGCGUCUACGAUGAGCAUCAGGAGCAGCAUUCAGAGGGAAGAAGUGCCACCACGAACGAGCCUCACCUCAUCUUCAUCUAUGAGGAUAAACAGAUUCUGGAAGAUGCAGCUUCACUCAUUAGCUACUAUGUGAAACGACAGCCCACUAUCCAGAAGGAAGAUCAAGCCACCAUUCGGCAAAUAGUCCAUCACUUUGUACCGGAGCUGUUUUUCUCUCCGCUCCCUGACCACAAUGUUUCUGAAGAGUCAACUGAUGAGGACAGAGAAAACCAUCAGGGACAGACCCUGGAUGCUCCUGAGCUACGAAAGAAACAGGUGCCAGGGCCGCCGAGCAGCCCUCUGGAGGAGAAAGCCGGGUUCUGUGAUGCCGCUGUGGCUGAGUCUCACAAACCCCUGGACGAUGUGUAUAGUCUGUUCUUUGCCAAUAAUAAUUGGUAUUUCUUCCUCCGCCUUCACCAGACUCUCUGCUCAAGGCUCUUAAAGAUUUAUCGUCAGGCUCAGAAGCAGCUUCUAGAGUAUCGGACUGAAAAGGAGAGGGAGAAACUCCUCUGUGAGGGAAGGAAAGAAAAGUCCAAUGAUCCAGCCAUGGAACUGAGAUUGAAACAACCAAGUGAGGUGGAGUUGGAGGAAUACUACCCAGCAUUCUUGGAUAUGGUGAGAAGUUUGCUGGAUGGGAAUAUUGACCCCACACAGUAUGAGGACACUCUGAGGGAGAUGUUCACUAUCCACGCCUACAUUGGCUUCACCAUGGACAAGCUGGUGCAGAAUAUUGUCCGCCAGCUUCACCAUCUUGUGAGUGAUGAUAUCUGCCUGAAGGUUGUAGAGCUCUACUUAAGUGAGAGAAAGCGAGGUGCUGCUGGAGGCAACCUAUCCUCCAGGUGUGUCCGGGCAGCCAAGGAGACCAGCUAUCAGUGGAAGGCUGAGCGCUGCAUGGCAGAUGAGAACUGCUUCAAGGUAAUGUUUCUUCAGAGGAAAGGGCAGGUGAUAAUGACCAUCGAGCUACUAGAUACAGAAGAGACCCAAACAGAAGACCCUAUGGAGGUUCAGCACUUGGCUAACUACAUGGAACAGUACGUUGGGGUGGAGGGCGUCCCAAACAACCAGAACGAUGGCUUCUUACUGAAACCGGUCUUUCUGCAAAGGAACCUUAAAAAAUUCCGCAAGUGGCAAUGCAAGCAAGUGAGAGCUCUGCGGAGUGAAGUGAAGAGUUCCUGGAAGAGGCUGAUCGGGGUGGAGAGUGCAUGCAACAUGGACUGCAGGUUUAGGCUCAACACCCACAAAAUGAUGUUCAUCAUGAACUCUGAGGAUUACAUGUACAGGCGGGGGACUCUCUCCCGAGCUAAGCAGGUGCAGCCCAUGGUUCUGCUCAAGCACCACCAACAGUUUGAGGAGUGGCACAGCAGGUGGCUAGAAGAGAAUGUUACUGUGGAGGCAGCAGAACUGGUUCAAGACUGGCUAAUGGGCGAUGAGGACGAGGACAUGGUCCCAUGCAAAACAACUUGUGAGACGGUGAAUGUCCAUGGGGUCCCCGUGAAUAGAUACAGAGUCCAGUAUAGUCGCCGUCCAGCCUCACCAUGAGCAGAGACUCAUCCACGUGACCAUGCCAAGCAGGAGCUUUGCCGGCAAAACACUUUUACUCUGAGAAUAGUGGUGGGAAUGCAAUGUAUGUAUUAAUGAUAUUUAUCCAAACAGCAUUUUACUUUGGGUUAUGAUGUAUUUUCCAUAUGGCAUAGAAUUGUCUCCUUGCAGUGUAAUCCUCCAGGCCAUGUCAUUGUGAAGAGCGCUAAAGCCAUUCCUGGAAGAGGGCUCUUAGCAUUGCCACUCUGUAUAGUAGCUUUCUAGCUUCAGGCCUACCACAAGUCAGCCGGAGUGGGAAAGGCUGAGCAAGGUGGGCUGUCUGCUUGGGCAGUGCCAAGUGCUCAGCUCCAGAAGAGCUGCCAAAGGCUGCUGCGUUGGAGGAACAGGGCAAGCUGGCCUGGCUGCUUGCAAGGGUGGCUGAGGGGGCUGCAUGCUCUAGUCAGUGUAGAGCAUGAUGGGUGCUAGAGCUGAUCCUGGCAGCUGCCUCAUCUUUUUGAAGUGUUUAAUGUUUCAUGUCCCUCUGCAUUUCAUGCCAUGCCUCAGUCUGCAGAACUUCUUAAUAGAACCCCUCAGGGCCAGUGGGCCCAGAGCACUGGCUUUGCCAUGGGUGCAGGUACUCAAUUGCGUUAUCUGUUCAUACUAAUGAAGCUAUGAAUGCCACGUGCGUUACUGCUGCUGUGGUGGAGAAAUGCCAAAUCUUGAGACCUCAAGGGAGGGAAAUGAGACCCUCGAAUUUUAAAACAGCUAGAUUGGCUAAGAGUUUCAGAGCAGGCGCUAAUCAGAAAUGGCUCCAUGGGCUGCAUUGCUGAGCAAGUGAGCCCAGGCACAUUCUCUGCCUCCGCAGAGAAUUCUGUAUUGGAUCCCUUGUUGAUCUUUAUAAAACUGUGUCACACUGCAAUAUCCUGCCUUCUCAUUUCAGGAACUGCUUGAAGCUGGAAUAAAAUCCAUGAGGAGGUCUGGGUUUUUGUUUGUGUUUUGCAUGCUGAUGGACAGCCUCUGGAGACUCUGUGUUGCAGACACAUAUCUUAGUACUGCUGGGAUAGUAACACUUACAAAGUGGAUCAGUAGAUGGAGCUCUUAAAGCAUGUUUGCAUUGGCUUGGAGGGUUUCCUAGAUACUGCUCUUUUGCUGAUGUCUGUACAGAUGCUCUCUUUUGCAGUGACACACAGAAAUGUGUAUUCAUGGGAGGAUUCUGUCCAGGCAUAAACAGUGUAGACAAGCUAUUCCAUUGACACGUUCUGUACCUCUUCCUGAACUCUGCCAAAAAAAACAAACCACCCACCCACCCACCGGGCUCUGAACCACACAAAACUUUACAUUCAUCUUCUGACUUAAACCUAGCAAAAGAACCAGAAAGUUCAGAGUCAAGGCAGCCCUGCAACCCCAUCCUGACUUCACUUGUGUAUUGCAGGAGCCUGGGAAUAUCACAUAAUCCUGUGUAAAAUACAUUGUGUCAUGAGGCAAAUCUAGCUUCUUUUCAGCCCUGACUCCAAGGACUCCUGGACAUUUGUGGGGGUGGAGGGGGAAUUGGACCCCCAAAUGUGUUUGUUUCUGUGGUUUGGUUUUUAUGGUUAUAAUUUCUGCUGGACCCAAGUAGCAGCCUAUGGGAGUCGUGCUAUGUUUACCCCACUGUACUGCAUUUGGUUUCACAGUUGUCUCACUUGACAGCAGAAGAAAUGGGCCAUUUGUGCGCAUUUGACCUAAAACUGUACCAGUUGUUUCUUUUUUGCAAGAUAAUCUGUGAGUGGGAGGCAGCAAGGCUGACCAUUUGGCAUUUGUGGCCACAUGCACAUCCAUUGCCAGCGCUUUGUACCAUGAACCCAAAUUCUUAUUGUCCAGGGCUCAACUGAUGCCAGUGGCAGAAAUUAUAUGAAGUUUUUUCAAAGCCCUUGGCUUGUUUUAGGUAAGGGAUGGAGCUCUGUAAGAGGUUAGGAUAGAUCUGACUAGUGCAACAUCUCUUUUGCCUCUACACAGCUCUACAAACACACCUCAGUCCUGUUCAACACUCUGCUGUCCCAAGCAGAGAUGACCAACUGUGCCAAAUUUUGUUAUGGUUUUGUGAUACAGACAAAUGUUUACUAGAAAGUAGCUUGCAACUUGUGGCUUAAAAUGCAAUUGAUUCCAAGUCUCCCAGGGUGCGUAAGGCUAAUACACGCAUGGACCCUGGUCAGUCUCCCCAACAUUUUUAAGUGUACUUCAGGUAUUUUUACGCAUCCUUAUUUUGUAAACCUUAAUUUAUAAUCUGAAUGGAUUAAGUGAGAAUUUCAUCAUUUACAGCACUAUUGUCUCAAAUGUGAUAGUAGCAAAUGAUGUGAAUGAAACAAGUGGGUGGUGCCAAUGUGUUUGAGAGCGGCCUGCUAACGUUUGAGAUUUCAGCAUUUGAACGCUGUCUAUCUUCUAGCAUGAAAUUGAUUAAAGAAAGUUUGUUCUUCCAUUUUUUUGAAGGAUCUUUGCUUUGGGGCUUGUAAUUGCUUUGCCAGCUCUUUGAAUGUAGUUUUUUUAUAUUUAUUUGCACAUUCAAGUAAAAUAAAAUAUUGAUUUUAAAAGUCA